AUGACUUCCACACCAGAUAAGCUGAAGCAAGAACCGCCACAAGACGACUUUCCGAUGGACCGUGAUGAUGAUGGUGAACAGGAACAAGAAAACAGCUCUGGCUUGUCUAACCAGACAGAUGGCAGUCAACCUAGCCAAAAAGAUACAAAUCAGGUUACUCAGAACAAUGAGAACCAACCUGGGCAAAAGGAUACAAAUGACGUUGGUCAGAACAAUGGAGAACAGCCUGGUCAAGUCAAUGUGAAUCAAGCUACCCAGAACAAUGAAGCCCAACCUGGGCAAAAGGAUGCAAAUCACGUUGGUCAGAUCAAUGGCAAUCAAUCAACUAACGAAAACCCAUUUUUAUCUGGAUUCUUCAAGCGUAAAGUGGAUAAAGACAACUCAGCCAACAAUGCCAGGGCUUUCAGCCCAGUAGUAGAAGACCCCAAUCCUAAAAAGGCAAAAACAGAUCACAGCUUUAGUUUUAAUCCAUCUGCAAAAGCGAAGACCGCUCCCUUCUCUCCACGGGCACAAACGACAACAAGAACCUCUCCCUUUCCUGAAGAUGAUGGAGUUGGCGACCCUGACCUCGAAAAGGAUCUAGUCGGC